AUGAAAUUACAUUGUACUUUGCAGAAUUACACUGCAGAAAUAUUUCACAUCCCUCUGUUCACUGCCGACAUAUGUCCUGGACUGUUCGUCACGCCAGCUUUCUCUCAAGUGUUCCCGUUACUUGAGACGGACGUACAACAUGUACAGCUACAGUACAACACUGCUCACAAGGUCAAGGGAGACAAGGCAUCGUUUACCUCCCUGUCUGAGAUUGAGUGUCAGUAUCUUCCCAAAGCAUUACAGGUUACUUUCAAGAGGCUUGCUUGCUGCUUCCAUGCCUUGCUGAGUGAGGGGUCAGGGGAAGACCUGUGGCGGAUGCUAAAAGCGUCAUUGUCCCAGGAAGCCCUAGCGUCGGGCAGCUUCUCUUCACAACCUAUACAUUUGCAGAAUCUGGUGUUUGGUAAACACAAGGAAUGUUUAAUGGCUGUAAAUCGACGGCUAGUUGAAGCUGCUACCAGUGAGAAGCUUCCCGUCAACUUGGCAGGCAAACCAGGACGUGUGACUGCAGAACAGAUAGACACCACACUCAGUUUAUUCAAAGGCAACUAUGCUGCCAUUGAGUCUCAUCUAGAUACUCUCCAGGUUGCCAUGGCAACAUCACAGGCUUUGAAACAUCAGGAUACUAGUCGCCAUGACAACCUAUUAAGCACGGAAAAGAAUCUUGUCCAACUUGUUGGAGAUGACAGCUCUGCCGGCGGUCUGUCCCACAUACUGACCUUGCUCAAAGGUCAACUACAGCUUCCAGCCAAUCAGAGGUCCCAUAGUCUGGACGAUGUGUUGAUGGUGCUGAUGUUCCUGUACUCGCUGUCAGGAGGAGACUGUGGGGACGAGGAACUGGAAGUGCAGGACCAGCUUGUGGAGGCUAUUUUAGCUGAGAAGUCCGACUUACCCCCUGUGAUACAUUCUAUUGUGGGGGAUGCUGUUAGUGGCAGUAUUGUGAGGGACCUGCUGGAGGAUGUGUGGAGCAAACUGGAGGCUGUGGGGACUGCUCGGGACGACCUCAAGAACUUCCAAUCCAUCCUGGAGCCAUCUACAGCCAUCAGUCCAGCCAGCAUGAAGCCUCUGCUGAAGACAAUAGUGGAACAGAUCUUCAGCCCCGACAAGCCCGAGCUUGUGGAUCUAGAAUUUAAAUCGAGUGGACUCAAAGACUUCUUGAAAUCAGGAUUUGGAUUGUUCAUGAACGUGAGCAAGCCCCGCCCCAGUGACCACCCUUUGCUGCUGGUGUUUGUAGUGGGUGGGGUGACCGCGACAGAGGUCAAGCAGGUCAGAGAUGUGGUGGACAAGAUGAAGCUUGAUAAACAGGUUGUCAUUGGAAGCACAAAACUGUUGCGAGGAACUGAUGUUCUCCAGUCUGUUUUCUGCCAGAACAAUGUGGACCCAGAUGCUGUUAUGUAGUCUUGUUGAUGAUCUGUUUUUUUAUGUAUAGAGGGAAAUGAGGCAAUAAAACCUGUUUUCAUGUGCAC